AUUGGCGAACCUGAACCUCCCGGUUCUCUGAAUCCUAGAUCCCAACUUCCUUCGCUAGAGCUGAAUUUAGACAGCUCUUCAGGAGUGAGCACCACAGACGACGGCAGACGAUUGGAAACGCAUCAUUGGCGAGUUUUGAGCGGGGAAUACACUGACAAUCUGGGGGUUUAGCAACCAGGGGAGUCCACAAUGACUUGGGGAACGGAGCUUUGGGACCAGUUUGAAAACCUUGACAAGCAUACUCAGUGGGGGAUCGACUUCCUAGAGAGGUAUGCAAAGUUUGUCAAGGAAAGGCUGGAGAUUGAACAGACCUAUGCAAAACAGUUAAGGAACCUGGUUAAGAAGUACUGUCCCAAGCGCUCCAAAGAUGAUGAACCUAGGUUCUCGUCGUGCCUGUCAUUCUACUCCAUCCUGAAUGAGCUGAAUGACUACGCGGGGCAGAGGGAGGUUGUGGCCGAGGAGAUGGGACACAAUGUGUACGGAGAGCUGAUGAGGUAUUCACAGGACCUCAAGUCAGAGAGGAAACACCACCUCCAAGAGGGCAGGAAGGCCCAGCAGUAUCUGGACCAGUGUUGGAAACAUAUGGACAAUAGCAAAAAGAAGUUUGAGCGGGAGUGCAAGGAGGCAGAGAAAUCACAGAUCAGCUACGACAGGUUAGACAACGACAUCAACGCCACCAAGUCAGAGGUAGAAAAGGCAAAGUCCCAGUUGUACCUGCGCACACACUCAGCAGACGAGAGUAAGAACGAGUACGCCGCUCAGCUGCAGAACUUUAAUGGGGAGCAGUGGAAACAUUUCAACGUGGCCAUUCCACAGAUAUUCAAGAACCUGCAGGACAUGGACGAGAGGCGGACAGUGAAGCUGGGGGAGACGUACCGGAGCUUUGCCGACGUGGAGCGCAGAGUCGUCCCCAUAAUCUCCAAGUGUCUGGAGGGCAUGGUGACUGCUGCCAAGGCUGUGGACCAACGCAAGGACUCAGCGAUCGUAGUGGAGUCAUUUAAGUCGGGCUUUGAGCCUCCAGGGGACUUCCCGUUUGAGGACUACAGUCAGAACCUUUCCCGGACGGGCUCAGACAACACCAUCAGCACCCCAAAGAAUGAGGGGGUGGUCAAGCCAGACCCCAAACACUCGAUCAGCAAGGCGGCCAAGAACAAACUGUGGCUCUUUGGGAAAAAGCCCAAGAGUCCACUGGCUCCGUCACUGGAGGACUUCAGCCAUCUGCCUCCCGAACAGAGACGCAAGAGGCUGCAGGCUCGGAUCGACGAGCUCAGCAAAGAACUACAGAAAGAGGUGGACCAAAGAGAUGCACUGAACAAGAUGAAGGAUGUGUAUGAGAAGAACCCUCAGAUGGGAGACCCACAGAGCCUCCAGCCCAAGAUCUCUGAGACCAUGUGCAACAUGGAGAAACUGCGCUCCGAGAUCCACAAGAAUGAGAGCUGGCUGUCAGAGGUGGAGGGGAAGGUGAGCACCAGAGGAGAUCGAAGACCCAGUGCCGACGUCAACCAUCACACACCCCAUGGCAGAGAGAGCCCUGAGGGCAGUUACACAGACGACCCCAGCCAGGAGCACCGCAGCCCCCCUCACCAGCCAGACCCCCGACAGGCCCACCAGCCAGACGAGUUUGAUGAUGAAUUUGACGACGACGACCCCCUCCCAGUCCUUGGCCACUGCAAAGCGCUCUACUCCUUUGAUGGUCAGAACGAGGGAACACUGUUGAUGAAGGAGGACGACGUGCUGUUCAUCAUCGAGGAGGACAAGGGCGACGGCUGGACGCGAGCCAGGAAGCAGAGCGGAGAGGAGGGCUAUGUGCCCACGUCCUACGUGGAGAUCACCAUGGAGAAGAACAGCAAAGGUGCGGUCACCUACAUCUGAUCUGACUACCAGCAUGGACUCAUAUCAUAAGCCCUCUUCUUCUGGGGAGUGCUGGUCCGAACAGCAGGUCCUCUUUGUUCACUGUGUGAGCUCACGGACAAACAAACACUCUACAGUCAUGCUAUUGUAGUGACCCUACAAGGAGCUCUGUAUCAAUGAAUUAAGCCAUGUGUGUCUGCUCUAUGGCAAGGGGACUCAUCACCCCUUAGGGCUGAUUCAUUUUAUUUAAUAUUUCAAAAGAGAUUUGUUGUUUCUGUUCAUGUAUCUUUUUUUUUCUUCUUUUUUUUUUUUAAGAGGUGGAUGUUAAAAUGCUCUUCUGAUUUUAAGAUCUUUCUACUUUGGAUCAAAGUGAUUUGGAAAAUAGGAAAAUUGACUUAUACAGAUUUGACCCAUUGUAUUGUCUCUAUGUUAUCAGUCAGCUGUUGUGAGUCUCGUAUGUUAAGUACUCUGCUCCACCUAUUAAGACAUGAAUGCAGUAAUACGGUCCCGGUAAGAAGUGGCCUAGUCUGUGCCUAUAUGACUCAUACCUCCCACUACCAUACUACCCUUUAAGAUAAUUGUACACUCCUUCUCUCUUCCUUUGAUUUGUAUGUGUGUGUGUGUCACAACAAUGCUGCCCUCUGGUGGUCAGGCCUACAUUACACCCAGGGGCGUGGUUCUUCAGUGUGUACUACUUACUGUCCACUAUCUGUCUCUGUCCUAGGGGUCGGUACAGUAACUCCUCUCCUUUCUCUCUCUCUCUCCUGUUGGACUGCAGGUUCCUGAGUGGAGCAGUGUGGCGAGGUCUUUGGUGGAGGGUACAUGCUGAGUCUGGUGGAGCUAGUGGCAGACAGGGCUUGACUUGGGAGGGGAGGGGGUUGGCAGGUCACAUGUUUGCAUGCACACAUCCAUGGCCAUUAACAUCAUUCCAUAGCAGCGGAGAAUCCUGAGGUGGUAACUAUGCCUCUGUAGGAGGGGAGUGUUCUUCUAAACUGUGUCUGUCUAUACACAACACAGAGUAACCAAUCCACUGCAGCAUACCAGCAAGAUCAGGGACCAGGGAGGGGGCUUAUAGUUAGCGACUCGCAACAUCUUUUAUAAUGAGAGAUAAGCAAUGAAUACACUACUAAUACACUACUCCACUAUUACGCACAUCUUAAUGUUGUAUUUCUGCUCUUCAGGCAACGUCCAGCACUAACAGCCUGCCUUGUUGUUGCAUUGUUACAUUCUCAUUCCGUUCUUGAGAAUGUCUGCCUGACUGCUACUCGCCUGCGGUCGCCUUACCUUAACGUGCUUCAGCAUGUCUGUAAUAUGAACUGUCAUUACGUCAUACAGGAAGGAAUGCAGCGUCUUGGAUGUAACUCUGUGGUCGCCCACGCCGCCCGUUCGUUCACUUCUAAUCUUCCUGUCUGUCUCCUUCAUUCAUCCAUGAUUUUGGUUUCUUUUGUCUCUCCGUUUCUUUUCUUUCUGUGUUAAUCGAAACAUUCCCAUCAUGAUGUGCGUGUGUUGAGCGUCACCUCUGUCAUGCUGUUGUUCAGUAACUCAUGUGGCGCGGCAUGGCCACUCAGAUCAGAGUAGGAGCAGUACUACUCUAGAAACAGCAUGCCUGCCCUUACACUACCACUUCAUCCCCUCCUCCUCAACCCUGCACCAGCACCGCAGACCGGGGGAAGGCAGCAUGCCAGCAGAGGGCCCUCCUCCCUCACCAGCCAGUCAUCACACAGCACCUCAGGCUAGGAAACCUGGAGGCUGACCUGAGACAAAUGACAGGGGAUCCACCCGCAAUUCAACAACAACACUCCAACUCUCCUUGCAGUCUCUGCCUUAAUACUAACUCUGGGAGUGGGGAUGGACCUGCUGAUUUCUCUUCCAUCACUCUCUGCCGCACACAAGGGCUCCAACCGACAAAGUCUACGGUGGCUUGCUGUGGUGCUCCUCUGGGCCCCACCCAGACUCCUUCUGCGUCUCUUCUCCUCGGUCUCACAGGAGCAUCCUGGGGCCUUGCUGCGUGCGGUCUCCACGUGAAAGAGUGUUGCAUUCCCAUAACGUUCCUGUUUCAAGCGCAUAUUAUGAUUGUGAAUGUGAUUUAUACAUAUAUAAACAUGUGUAUGCAUAUUAAUGUGUGUAUGCAUAUAUGUAGUUUGUUUUAUUACUAAAUUGUAUGUAUUAACAUCUCUUUUAUUUCAUGCUGAAUGUGUUUUUAUUGUGACUUUUUAUAGGGUUUUUAAUCAGAUGAAUGACUCACUUUUCAGAAUCGUGCUGUUAGCUCAAAGUAACCAUGCAUUGUUGUCAGAACAUCCUUCUGAAUAGGGACAUGGUCUUCACUGAUGCACUUUUGCCCUAUAGCAUUUGAAUCGAAUAUCAAUGAAUAAAUGAAUGAAUGAAAUGGA